AUGUCAUCGUCCCUGGCUCAACUGACCCAAGUCAAGUGUCCUAUCUGUUUGGAGCGCUACGCAAUUCAGGAUUCGCAACAGUUGAGUUGUGAGCACCGUUUCUGUUUGACAUGCCUGAGUUUGUCAAGUAACCUGGGGACAUGUCCUGUGCCUGGUUGUGGGACAAUGAGGAAUUUGGAGGUAAUGGUGGACGAGGUGGAUGAUAACGAUGAAUCGGCCGGUGGUGACGAUGAUGGUGAUCGACAUAAACGGGUUCUGUUUGCACCGAAUAUGUUACAGUUAGAGGAAAGGCAGCGGUAGGGGAUUUUUGUGGGUUGUAUAGUAUUUUAGAUAAUAUAUUAGUUUUAGUUUUUUUAAUUUGCGUAUUUAGUCUAGUACAAUAUUUUUAAUAUAAAAUUUUGUGGUUUCUUGAAUAAAAUUUUCUUUUUUAGUUGUGAAGUAGUCAGAGGAAUGUUUCAAUGUGUAAAUGUAGCCAGGAUGACAAUGAUUGACUGUCAACAUCGUGUUUGUUUUGACUGUGUAGCCAAAAGUGUGUCAUCAGCUGAUUCUUUGAGUAAGGGACCUUAUGAUUUUUUUAUUGUUAAAAAAAACUAAGAAAAUUAAAAAAUUAAGUGGUGUUUUCAAAUACUGUUGAAUUUUAGAUGAUGUGCCAAGAUGCCCGAUGUCAAGAUGUGCCAAUUUGUUAACUCGUGCUGAAGUUGCUCAUGUUAGUGAAAAGGUUAUCAAUUUGUUUCCGGUUUUCAAACGAAUGUCUUCAAAACUUCCUGAUAUCACAGACGAUAGCAAACCAGCAGUAUGUGUUUUAUAUUAUAUAAAGCACAGCCUUAAAUUUUUGUGUUUUUAAAAUUUGAAUAUUUUUUUAAAUUUUUGUUUCAUCAAGCCUAAAACAAUACCUAACGCUACAUAGAUUAAUGUUAUGCCCAAUCUAUUACCACAAUUUUAAGAUGAAGGACGAGAUCCGACUGUUUUGUUCGAUUUACGGCGCAAACUCGAUCACCAAGUCCAUCAACAUACCUAAAGUCUGUGUUUUGCCAGAUAUGAUUAACGCCAUUAUGCAAAUUUUGAAAGUGGACAAAAACAGAACUCCGUCGUCGAUUGGUAUCUUUAUCAGAGUUGAAAGUGGUAUGUUUGAUAGCAAAUUGUUUUCCAGAUAGUAAUAUUUUUAGUUUCUCCUCUAAGAAUACAGUAACCCGAUUUUUUAAUUGAUUUACAUAGAUGGUUCUAAUUGAAGUACCAAACAAGUACUGUUUUUUUAACUUUUUUUAGCUUAAGGUUGUGGAAAAAUGAAGAGCUAUUACUUAUUAUACAUGCUAUAAAGUAUGUUAAGGUAAAACCAUAAUACGGUAUUACUUUUGUUAUUUCCAGAAAAAUCCAAAAUCAAGUUUGAGUACAUGAACUUGAAGACUUUGGCCAAAAAGACGGUAAAAGAUGCCGCUCUCACAGACAAGACCCACAUCGUACUGGACUUGAACAACGAACUUAGAAGAAAUUAA